UGCAAAGCAGAAUUGAAACUCGAAAAUCUGGAAAAUGUUGUGUUGAAGUUAACUGUAAAUAACUGAAGGGUAGAAGCGGUGAUAGUCUCGGAUCAACGAGACAGGAUCCAGACAAGGCGAAACGGGUCGAUCCGGGAUCCGAAUUGGAGAGAGAGAGAGAGAGAGAGAGAGAGAGAUCCAAAUGACGGAUUCGAGUCUGGAGCUACAGGAAUCGGGGUGGGAGGAGCUGAGGAGAGAGGCCCGCAAGAUCGAGGGAGAUCUUGACGUCAAGCUUUCUUCUUAUGCUAAACUCGGAGCUCGGUUCACACAAGGAGGAGGUUAUGUGGAAUCUGGGUCACCACCUGUUGGGUCCAGCAGGUCAUGGAAGUCUAUGGAAAUGGAAAUCCAGUCUUUGCUCGAGAAGCUAUUGGAUAUAAAUGAUUCAAUGAGCCGAUGUGCUGCUUCUGCUACACCAGCUACUUCUGUUACUCAGAAGCUAGCAAGGCAUAGAGACAUACUUCAUGAGUUUACUCAGGAGUUCAGACGAAUCAAAGGGAACAUAAAUUCAUUGAGGGAACAUGCGGAGCUUCUAACUUCUGUCAGGGAUGACAUUAGCGAGUACAAGGCAUCUGGGAGUAUGUCUCCAAGAAUGCAAAUACUACGGGAGAGAGCUGCUAUCCAUGGAAGUGUAUCUCAUAUAGAUGAGGUGAUCAGUCAGGCUCAAACAACAAGGGCAGUCUUGGGCUCUCAAAGGGCGUUGUUUGGAGAUGUUCAAGGCAAAGUGAAGAAUCUAAGUGACAAGUUCCCUGUUAUCCGUGGCCUACUUGGUUCAAUUAAAAGGAGGCGAUCCAGAGACACAAUUAUUCUGUCUGCAGUCAUUGCAGCUUGUACCUUGUUUCUUAUCAUCUACUGGCUUUCAAAAUAGAUAUAUAAAUGAUAUACUGAUACAGAAAAUUAUAAAUGAUGGUGACUCUCUACUCUCUAGGGAAUUUUGCUUAUGUAAUUUCUCGGGAUCAUUUGAGUUUAUCUGUUUAUAGGUUUUGGUACCUAUUCUGGUGCCGUUGCAAUCAGUUACUUUUUGGCUUCUAGAUA